UCAAGCGACGCUACCAAAUGACGAACGCGCACAACAGUCCCGUCGUAAUUUAGCAAGGAUUAAUUUAUGAUUCAAUGUAAUUUCAUAUUUAGGCUUCGCUCAAAUUUGUGAAUACAUUGUAUUAAGGACUUUUUUAAAUGUAUUAUUAUUUGCGUGCAGAAAAUAAUUUCUCUGGAUUGUUUUCAGUUAUUUGAGAAGUCUACUCUUACUACUCAGGCGUAAAUGAACCCCGUUUUAGCUGAGGAACCCUCAACUAAGGGAAAAGUCCGUGGUUGUAUUCGCUAAAAGUUUUUAUUAAAAGGUGGAAUUUCAGCAUUUGCAGUUGGGCAGCAGUUGUACAGGACAAACAGGUGAAUGGGGCGUGAGCCUGACGCUCCCCAGUACCCGGGUGGUGAUGUGAGCAUGGACACCCACACCUUUCUCCCUCGUCAGUCUCAAUUAUGGGAUAUUUCCACCCUGCCUGGUCCCGGAACCCUGCCAGCCAAGCGGAUAAUGGCUCUCCACUCUCUCCAGUUACCCGUUAGAGUGUAAGGAACCGACACCCCGACAGCUCUGCUUUGUUCCUGGGUGGUGACAUCAUGGCCGUGGGGGUUGCCGAUGGGAACUGCGGCAGACUCACACACACACUUUUCAGAUCUCUCUGAUGUCCAGGGGCUUUCGCUUCAACGCGUUGUUCUAACACACUGCUAGAGAGAUGAGGCAGCCUCAAGUCCACUAAACUUCCUGUGUUCCUAGUCUGUCUGUCGACUCUGAUAGGCUGACGUCAGACCCAGCUCUACUCCCUCUCCCACGUACAGUGCCUCUAGAGCAGUGGCGUUCAACUCUGACCCCUACGAGGUCCGGAUCCUGCUGGUUCUCUGUUCUACCUGAUCAUGAAUUACACCCGCCUGGUGUUCCAGGUCUAAAUCAGUCCCUGAUUAGAGGGGAAUCACCCGCCUGGUGUUCCAGGUCUAAAUCAGUCCCUGAUUAGAGGGGAAUCACCCGCCUGGUGUUCCAGGUCUAAAUCAGUCCCUGAUUAGAGGGGAAUCACUCGCCUGGUGUUCCAGGUCUAAAUCAGUCCCUGAUUAGAGAGGGAACAAUGAAAAAAAAUCAGUGGAACUGUGUUUGAGGUCCAGAGUUGAAUGUGAGGGCUCUAUAGGAGCCUAUCAACACAGGAUGCAGUGGGGCUCUGGUCUGGUCCAGCCCCAGCCACGAUGCCCAUCACCCAGGAGAACGCCCUGAGCCACCUCCCUCUGUUGGAGGACUGGCUCCUGGGUGCGCAGACCAGGGACCAGGACAACUAUGGAGACUCAGAUCAGCAGUCCGCCACCAGCAGAGACCCGGACCAAGACUCUUACCAGGAGUCAGAACACGAAGUGGAUGCCUGCAGCACGGUCAGUGGCAGUACGGUCAACAGCGGCGGUACCAGCGGAGAAAUGUCUCUAUGUCAGGCCGCUAUACAGAAACUGGUGGAGUACAUUCAGCUCAACUUCACCGAGGACGAAGAGCCCGUGCGGAGGUCUCUAGAGAGACCGCCGUGCGGAGGUGUGGACGCAGAGGUGCGAGCCGUGUGUCUCACCAAGAGAGAGGGGGACGGGGCAGAGCUGGGACUGAGUUUCGGUAACAUCCCGAUAUUCGGGGAUCCGGAGGGGGAGGACAGGAAGAAGGGAGGGAGGAGGAGGAGGAGGAGGAAGGGGGAUCAGGGACCCGUGUUGGACGUGGGGUGUAUCUGGGUAACGGAGGUGAGGAAGAGAAGUCCCGCGGCGAGGUGCGGUAGAAUUAAACUACGAGACGAGUUACUGUCACUCAACGGUCAGCUGAUGGUGGGCGUCGACGUCACGGGAGCCAGUUACCUGGCUGACCAAUGCUGGAAUGGUGGCUGUAUCUACCUGAUCAUGCUCCGGAGGAUCAAGCGCAAAGCCCCUCUCCCUCCAUGCAAUGGAAACAGCAAAGUCACCAACAGUGGUGUCUCCGCCCACUCCCUGGACGACCUGAGCGGUGUCUCCUCCGAACCUCCCAGUAACCUGCCGAAGCAGAACGGCGAUGGCAAACGAUUGCGAAAAUUCGGCGUCAUCUCCCGGUCGUUGUUAAAUCGUGAUAGUACAGACGCUAAGGACGGUAGCUGUGACGACGGCGGCAGGGAGACGCUGGAGAAUGGUUACCACGGCUACAGAGGAUCCACGGUAUCCAUGGAGAUGGAGGUCACCCCCCCUGAGGGGAGACCAGGAAGGAAGGAUGAGAGGCCCAUGACUGUCCUGCCCCCUCUAGCGAUCCCCCGUAACCUGCUGAAAAGUGGAGGGACUGCCACCCUGCCGAACCGCUCCCACAGGGGACUGUCAGAACACAAGACACAGUCAUUCAGCAGUGAUACCUCCAGUCAGCCCAGAGAGGGGAGUCGACUCUGGAAGAUGCACAUGGUGAAAGGUCAGGAGGGGCUGGGGAUCCAGAUUACGGGAGGACGAGGGUCCAAGCGCUCCCAGCACGGCAUCAUCGUAGCGCACGUAGAGGAGGGCGGCGCCACACAGAGGGACGGGCGCCUGAAGGCUGGUGAUGAGCUGUUGAUGAUCAACGGUCAGUCUCUGGUUGGUCUGUCUCAUUCGGAGGCUGUAGCAGUCCUCCGCUCCUCCGCUGGACUGGUACAACUGGUGGUUGCUAGCAGGGAGGAGUCGGAGGUGGAUUUCCACCGUUAUCCGCCCACCAGCCUGCCAGACCUGGUCAGUACCUCCUCUUCUCCUUCUCCUAGCAACAACACGGAACCUCGUCACGGCCCGCCCUCCAGCAGCCUGAGCCUCUCUCUGCCCACUACGCUGACUGAUCUGGAGAAGCUAGAGGACCGAGGCCAGAUGGAGGGACCUAAAGGAACCUGCCGCUCUCCUACAUCCAUGAAGUUCAGGAGCAGAUCACAAGGGGGCGGUAGUCGUCUGGAGUCUGUUGGAGAGGAUGACGAGCUGAUCGUGGAGAAUGGAGAGGCGGGGAGUGACAUGGUGGAGAAACCGACACGAGGCGGACGCAAACACUCCCUGCCUCAGCAGUUAGACACUGUGGGCGUGCGACAGGAGUAUCAUAUAGUUAAGAAAUCAGCUCGAUCCCUGAGCACCGUUCAAGUGGAGUCUCCAUGGCGACUGGCCCAGCCGUCUAUUAUAUCCAACAUUGUCCUUAUGAAAGGACAGGGCAAGGGACUGGGCUUCAGCAUCGUCGGUGGGCAGGACUCUGCCCGAGGAAGGAUGGGGAUCUUUGUCAAGACUAUCUUCCCUAACGGAGCAGCGGUCGCAGAUGGAAGACUGAAAGAGGGAGAUGAGAUUCUGGAGGUGAAUGGAGACUCUCUCCAGGGCCUGACCCACCAGCAGGCCAUCCAGACCUUCAAGCAGCUGAAGAAGGGCGUGGUAACCCUGACUGUGAGGACUCGUCUCCGCAGCCCCAGCCUGACUCCGUGCCCUACCCCCACCCUCCUCAGUCGCUCCUCCUCCCCUAACUCCAACGCCAGUGGGGGAACCCCCAUACCGUCCAGUUUCGACGAAACCCCCGAAGUCCGUAAGGGACCGCCCAGACCUGGCCCCAAGGACCGCGUCGUUAUGGAGGUUACACUCAGUAAAGAGCCCGGCGUGGGUCUGGGUAUAGGGACCUGCUGUCUAACUCUGGAGAACAGUCCUCCAGCCAUCUACAUCCACAGUCUGGCCCCCGGCUCUGUCGCCAAGAUGGAUGGACGACUCAGUCGAGGGGACCAGGUGUUGGAGAUGGACUCAGUGAGUCUGCGUCAUGUGGCUCUGAGUGAGGCCUACGCCAUCCUGAGCGAGUGUGGACCCGGACCCGUCAGCUUCAUCAUCAGCCGACAUCCCAACGCAAAGGUUUCAGAGCAGGAGAUGGAUGAAGUGAUCACUCAGUCCGCACACAGAGACAGUCUGAGCAAGGAAGGACACGUCUCUCAAACACUGGGCCUGCCCUCUAAGAGCCCCUCCCCCACAGUGAAGGCCAAACAAGGAGAUGGCUCCUCCCUCAGCUGGACCAUGAAGAGGUUCCUGGAGCCUGCUAGUAGGCAAGGGUCACUUAGUUCAGAGGCGGAGCUAUCUCAGUACUUUUCCCAGGAAGUGACCAGUCAUUCGUCGCUGUCAGAAACCAUGGCGAUGGGCUCCAGUGAUGACGACAUGCUCCACCACAGGAGCUGCAACACCUCAAUAGACGACACCCCCCCUACACAGACACAUGGAUUUAAAGACGGCUCCCGUGUGGUAGCGGAGGAUGGGGCAGACGUUAAGGCCCCCGGUGACCCUGUGGCUAACCGGCCGGCGGAGGCCAAGCAGCGCCAGCCCAGUGUGGGUAGUCCUGGUAGCAGCUCCGUCCGCAGCCCACUGCUCCGACAGAGACGGGUCAUCUGCUAUGAGGAUGAGAUCAGCGAUGAUGACGACGAAGACGAUGCAGUGACCACGACGGUCCGCCGGGUGGCUGGUCAUGGCACUACCCCCGUGGUGCUUGCUGACUCUGGUACCGUGAACGCUACAUCAUCAGUUAAAGAGAGUGAGGGACCGCUCUCCCCGCUCUACGGAAUCUCUCUGGGGUCAGAGGAAGGGGGCGGGGAAGGAGGGUCUAGCCCCACGACAGGCCCCAGUAACCUGGUUGUGAGGAAGGACCUUCAGGGCCCCCUGGAGCCCAGACGCUCCCCUAAGCUGGAACACAAGGCUGUGACCCGCGUCAAGAGCGUGAUGAGCAUCGAGGCCCCGUCCAUCCAGCCAACUAACCAGAAGAACCAGAGACCCAAAGGAGAGGAGUCUCUGACCUCCCCAUCCUCCCAGUCUCUGGCCCCUCAGCCUGGGGUAGGCUCCAGCUGCUCCUUAGGACGGCCUGGGUCUAACCCCAACCCCCUCCGUAAGAAGGGCGAGGCCUGCGGCGAGCUGGCGGGGGUCUGCACCAUCGACAGGGUGGUUCUGAGGAGGAGUGAGGAAGAGUCCUUCGGUCUGGACCUGGAGAUCAAGUCGUCUCCUCUGAAGGUGGUGAUCACCGGACUGAGGCCUGGAGGAGCGGCCGAGAGGGAAUCCCAGGGCAGGAUGUGUGUGGGAGACGAGAUCAUAUCGAUCGGGGACACUCCCGUCGGCUCCUCUUCCUACCGCGACAUCUGUGAGCUCAUGCACAACCUUCCCGUGACGCUCAGGCUAGAGGUCAAGAGGCCUGUGUCAGCUGUAGAUCGCCUCGCCAGCCUCGUGAUGUCAUCGGGGAGUUGCGAUGUCAUCCAACCCUCCAUACUGGAUCAGUCCAGAACUUCCCAGGAGGCCAAUGGGGGUUCUCCAAAUCCAGGAAUUCCUUCCUCCUCCUCCUCAGCAGCAAAUCACAAUUUCAAACCCACAGCCCCAACCAACCACAGCAGUGAUAUACCUGUCACCUACAUCGAUGACGUCAUAACCGAACUAGGUUCCUCCGAUGUUGAGAGUGCGCUCUCAUCCAAAAACCACAAAGCCCCUUCAGAAGCACAAUGUGCUGAGACUACAUCCUGCAAGUCAGCUCUAGACAGCAAGGCCCUGCUAGAGAAAGACAAAAGUAAUGUUCAGACUCCUCCAACACGGCCCAGUCAGUUGGACUUCUCUGUCUUGGACUCUGGAAACAAUGGUCGCCUCUUGCCUGCGGGUAAAACAUUCUUGAACAAUUACUCCAGAAACUUUAGCAGUAAUCUCACAGACGAGGGGAAGAAUGUUCUUUCAAACGGGGUGGAUAAACCACCUAGCGCCUCAAAGUGCCACAUGUACAACCAGGUCGAUGACAGCGAUUCAGAGAGUGAAGACACCGUCACGGACAACAGCCACGGCGCUGCCGGCGCUGAGCCACAGGACACAGAUUCUGAUGAGGAGGAAGUGGAGAUUUGUUACAGUGAGGCCCAGCGACCCGGCACUCUGAGCCAGGUAGCGCUGACUCACCCAACAGAUGGGCCAUUGUCUCCCCGGCUCUCUAUCCCUAUCUCUGGCUCUGGCUCUGACGGCAGCCACAAUACAAACGAGUCUGGGCCCUUUGAUGUAGUACUAGACUCUGCUGCUUAUGCCACUUCUGAUGCUGCCUCUCAGCAUAACAAAGACUGCUCUGUGGUAACAACAACCCAAUACAACCCUAACACUUCCCCCUCGCUGUCUCAGAGUCUAUCUGACUCGCAGUCCUCAGGUACCUGUUUGACUGCAGAGUCCAAAGCUUCCCCUUGCCAAAUGGUGCCCCCCCAGUCUUCCAAGGACACAGAUUCUGUACCCACUCCAGGGCCUUCAGAAUGCUUUGCCAAUGGGGUUAGUGGCAGCAACGUUGUUACACCUGUGAUAAAACCCAGCCAGGCACCUUCUCUAAGUGUUGUAGCAGCUAGCCACAGCCUCACCCCACGGAGUCAGGAGAGGACAGCCAGGCCGACUUCAGGUAAACUAUCUAAUAGUACAUCAUCAUCGCCAUCAUCAUCAUCAUCAUCAGCAGCAGCAUCCCACUCAACGGCGGCGAAGGCGAUGCCCUCCUCCUAUAGUAGAUCUGGCUCAUCGAGGCCAUCGCUAACAACGACAAGAGACAGGGAGAGAGAGAAAGUUUCCCUGGAACCCAGGUUAGUCCAGAAUAACCCUACUAGUCCUUCUCUUCCGAUGUCCAAACUGAAGGGGCUCAGCAUCAAGAGUAAGAACAAAACCCAGCAGCAGCAGCUUUCCCCGAAACCAGCCAGAGCCGAAAGUCCGGCGGUUCUUGGGAAAGCAAGCAAAACUUCCCCGCUCCAGUCCCCCAAACUGCAAGCCAAGAAGGUAGACUCUCCUCUGCCAACCAGAAAGGCAGCAGCCUCAUCUAGCAGCUUAAAGACUGGCAAACAGUUGGAACUGAGCAGAAUCAGUAGCAGGAGCCCCACCUCGCCCAAACCAGGUGACCGAGCCCAGGACAAGUGCAAACCCAAGUCCAACCCCACUACCACGUUGGAGGCAGCACAGUCAGCCAAGUUGGAGCUUCACCCUAACAAAGAAGAGCAAGUGACACCAGCUACGUCCAAGGAACAACCGGAGCCAGUCCCAACUACCCAGAGGACUUUCAUUGAGGUGCGACUCUCAUCUUCCUCUUCUACUCUUCCUUCUUCCUCGUCGUCUACGCCAGUUCUGAUGCGAAAGGAAACGGUUAAUUCAAAGAAUUACUCAAUUACCCAAAUGACUCAUAUACCAGAUAUUACGUCACAGGUUAAUGGAAGUGCAGUAGAGACCAAUCUCAGGCCUGCUGCUCCUGCACCCCCUGACUCUGUGUGUAAUCCAGAAAACGUCACUACAAAUUCAGCAGUGAACUCAAUAGUCCUAGAAUCCAUAGAUGUGGUUCCUUUGCCUAUAAGCAAUGGUAUCAUAAACAUCUCUCUCGGAAACUCCCGUCUAACAGAUAUGGCUGUGGAAAACCUGAAAGCCAACAAGUCCAAACUGAAGAUGAUGGAGCGCCGUAGUUUCUCCACGGACAACAGCGCCCCCGGGGAUCCAAACCCCUUCUCUGUCCGCCAGAGAAUCAUGUCCUUUGAGAACCUGGCCAGCUUCGACAAGCCAGCGCUCAAAUGUAUCGAGAUCCAGUCCUUCGCUCAGUCCUAUGCUCUGACGGCAACGUUGAAGACGCCUCUCAACCGAAGACUGUCUGGCUACAUGUCCGGCUCGGUGAGCUCCAUAGACUGCCGCUCGCUACGAAGAAGCUUCAGCUCAUGCGUCGACAACUUUAACGCCUCAUCCCCCUUGACCCCUUUGUCGCCUCAGCUUCGCAAGUCGCCGUCAAGUCUGACUCUGCCGAACUUUGACAUUUUGACACAAAGCUGCAGCGCAAACGAAGCUCCACUUGGACAAACACGGGACAAACCCGCGGACGGCGAAAUCUCCAAAAUGUUGCCCCCAGGGGGUGUGACCCUAACUCCUCAAACGCCCCCGGUGAUGCGGCGCCGCCAGGCUCGGGGCAAUGCUAACCUGUCCCGAUCCAGAUUGAGGGAGCUCAGGGCCCUUAGCAUGCCCGACCUGGACAAGCUGUACACCGAUGACUUCUCCAGCAACCCAGGGACCAACGGCACAUUUAAGACGGAGCUGGAGAUCAACCCAGCCAGGUCCACAGAGGCCCUCCAGAACCAGACAGGGUGCUGUCAACUGCCUGCUGAACCCACAGGUGUGCCCCCGACCAGGGACAGCCAGAGCGACGCUGGGGCCAGCAACUGGUCCAUCAGUUUGACAGUGCUGGCUGGCUCUCCGGUGGAGCAGAGUAAGCUGCAGACGGUCCUGGCCUCGCUGACCUCCAAGACCGACGUGUUGGCCCUGCUACAGGAGGCCAAAGCUCUCUCUCAGGUUAAAGAUGAUACCCACUUUGUAGUCUUCUCCAAAGAAGAGGGUUCAGGACUUGGUUUCAGCAUCGCUGGAGGAGUGGACCUUGAGCAGAAGUCUAUAUCUGUCUAUCGUGUCUUCUCCAAAGGGCUGGCUGGCCUGGAAGGUACCAUUCAGCAGGGGGACAGCGUCCUGUCCAUCAACGGCAGAAGCUUGGAGGGGACGUCCCACGGAGAAGCCCUGUCCUGUCUCCAUCAGGCUAGACUGUCCACUCAGACCCUGGUGGUCCUUCGCAGGGGGAAGGACAGUGAACCCCAGAUGUCCCCGAGACACCAUAACCUGUACCACUGCACAGGACGAAGCUACUCCCCAGGGUGCAGAGACAACGGGCCUGAAACAGCUAGACCCGUAGUGGUGGAAAUGGGUCCUGAUGGGGCUCUGAGGGUACAGCUCCUGAAGACAUCAGCUGGUCUGGGCUUCAGUCUGGAGGGGGGCAAAGCCUCGGCGCAUGGAGACCGCCCACUCAACGUCAAACGAGUCUUCAAAGGUGGUGCUGCGGAGCUGUCGCGUGUGGUGGACGUGGGGGAUGAGGUACUGGAGGUGAACGGGAGCUCGCUGCAGGGCCUCAUGCAUUACGACGCCUGGAACAUUAUCAAGACUGUCAGCAAAGGCCCCGUGCAGCUUGUCAUCAGGAAACCACGGACCUCUGUAUGACUCAACAGACAUAUCGACUGGACAUACAAAGAACUCAUAUGUCAGCUUGGUUGACGUGUAACCUGGCAUCCAUAGAAUGGAUAUGUCAGCCUCGUUGACGUACAAUGGUGAAACACAGGAUUUCUGUAUGGCCGAUGGACUGGUCAGACAUAUCUUACAGACAUACCCCCCCCCCCCCCCCC